GGCCCCGGUCCCCACCGGCAACCGUCCCGGCCUACACAGCUUGCAGCGAAAUCGGGCGACCCUGGCUCACCGAAUCCGAAGUUUCUCUUUUCGACUCCUUCUGAGCGAUUGGGAGUCCCCAAACUUCGCCGAACUCCUCGCUACCUCGGAUCAGCUCCUACCCAGCCCGGACGGCCUCUCAACCUGAACCGCCCCAGGAAGCCACGUAGAGGAGCAACGAGUUGACAAUGGCGGAUUCUCUGCUUGCGCGAAAGUAUUUCGAUGGCAUCUACAUCCCCUUCGGCCUGCUCGUCGUGGGCACCGUCAUUGUGAAGCGCGAGUGGACGGUAUACGCGGUGCUGCUCGGACUUGCCUUGGGCAGUUGGAAGUACUACAAAAACCUCCCCAAGGCGGUCCUCAAGCCCGAUGUCUUCCAGGAGUUUGAGCUCAAGGAGAAGACCGUCAUCUCGCACAAUGUAGCCAUCUACCGCUUCGCCCUUCCGUCCCCGAACUCGAUCCUCGGCCUCCCCAUCGGCCAGCAUAUCUCGAUCGGCGCAACUCUCGACCAACCCGACGGCACCAAGAAGGAGAUCGUCCGCUCCUACACUCCGAUCUCGGGCGACGACCAGCCGGGCCACUUCGACCUCCUCAUCAAGUCGUACCCGCAGGGCAACAUCUCCAAGCACAUGGCCGGGCUCGCCGUCGGCCAGACGAUCCGCAUCAAGGGGCCCAAAGGCGCCUUCGUGUACACGCCCAACAUGGUCCGGCACUUCGGCAUGAUCGCCGGCGGCACGGGUAUCACGCCCAUGUUGCAGGUGAUCAAGGCCAUCAUCCGCGGGCGCGCUGCCGGCGACCGGACCGAGGUCGACCUGAUCUUUGCCAACGUCACCGAGCAGGACAUCCUGCUGCGCGAGGACCUGGACCAGCUGGCCGCCCAGGACAAGGGCUUCCGCGUCCACUACGUGCUCGACAAGCCCCCCGCCGGCUGGCAGGGCGGCGUGGGCUACGUCACGGCGGAUAUGAUUCAGAAAUGGCUGCCUAAGCCCGCUGAUGACGUCAAGAUCCUGUUGUGCGGGCCUCCGCCCAUGGUUAGCGGGCUGAAGAAGGCGACCGAGAGUCUCGGCUUCAAGAAGGCCCGCCCCGUCAGCAAGCUGGAGGACCAAGUGUUUGCCUUUUAAAGGCCGAUAGAGAGGGGGGCGAACCCUGACACGCAACGGCAGUCUAAGUCGCGACCAGGUUCUCGAUGCCUCAGUACCAGGGCUGCAGAGCCGCCGACACGAACAUGACAUCAUUUAAGAGCAAGAAGUGGGCAAAAAAGUGCUCUGAUGUAGUACGGAUCAAACUCCGUUGCGUCAAUUGGACGGUUUCUGGUCUUCAUUGUUUUAUUAGAUUGGGGAGAUCUAGUCCGUCUGUUGAGAAGGGUUGUAGUUUUUGGGUGUUGUACAGUACAUGCAACGUCCUUGAGCCCCCCCUAACCCGUGCCAAUGUCCAAUGCACGCCGCACGC